UUUCACUGGAAAGAUUAACCAAAAUUUCGCAUUUUCUCAGCACAAACAAAAACAUUGUCUUCCUCUUUCCUUUAUACAGUUUGUUGUGUUCCCUUUUACUAUUAUCAGGAAUUAUGGCUUCUUCUUCUUCUUCUUCCUUGAUCACUCUUCCAUCGAAGAAGUACGAUGUGUUCAUUAGUUUUAGAGGUGCCGAUAUCCGCGAUGGUUUUCUCAGCCAUUUGCGGGAGGCUUUGCGCCAAAACGAAGUCAAUACCUUUGUGGAUGAAAAACUUGAUAGAGGAGAAGAGAUCUCAUCCUCCCUCUUGGAAAUAAUUGAAGAGUCAUACUUUUCGUUGGUCAUUUUUUCAGAAAAUUAUGCUUAUUCUCCCUGGUGUUUGGAAGAACUUGUGAAGAUACUUGAGUGCAAGAAAGACAUGGAACAAAUGGUUCUACCGGUUUUCUACCGUAUAGAUCCAACCCAUGUUCAAGAACUUACAGGUAGCUUUGGAGCCGCACUUGCUAAGCAUAGAGAAGAUUUCACGAACUCGUUAGACACGGUGGAGAGCUGGUGCCAAGCUUUGAAAGAAAUUGCUGAGAUAGCAGGGUUGGUUUCCCGUGACAUUAGGCCUGACUCCGAGCUAAUUAAGGAAAUUGUCAAACACAUUUCAGAAAAAUUAAAUGAUGGGGUUCCAAGUGAUUCUUAUGAUAAAGGGUUAGUAGGAAUUGAUUCCCGUGUCAAGGAUGCUGAAUCCUUAUUAUGCCUGGAGUCUGUGCGUGUUUUAGGAAUAUGGGGGAUGGGUGGAAUAGGAAAAACCACCAUUGCUGAGAAAUUAUUUGAACGAAUUUCUGGUCAAUUCAAUAGGCGAUGCUUUGCUGCAAAUGUCAGGGAAAAGUUUGAAAAGUGCGGACCAGAUACAGUACGACAGGAAAUCCUUUUUCAAGUAUUAGGAAGGGAAACUUGUAAUUUAGGUCCGCCCAUCAGGAGAAGGCUGCCAAGAGAAAAAGUUCUCAUUGCUCUUGAUGAUGUGAGUGAUUCAGAUCAAAUAGAACGUUCCAUAGGGAAACCGGCUAUCUAUGGUCCAGGGAGUAAAUUCAUUAUAACAAGCAGAGAUAAACAACUGCUUAGGAACAUGCAGGCUCAAAUAUAUGAAGUUGAGAAAUUGAAUGACUGUGAAGCUUCUUGGCUUUUUGGCUUCCAUGCCUUCAAACAAGAUGAUGUAGGAAAAGAAUAUAUGGUGUUUUCAAAGAAGGCAGUUAAAUAUGCUCAAGGCAAUCCAUUAGCCAUUAAAGUUUUGGGUUCCAAUUUAUAUAGUAGAAGUGUGAAAGAAUGGGCAGAUGAAUUAGAAAAAUUGGAAGGUACAUCUGAUGAAAAAGUUCAGAGAAUAUUGAGACUAAGUUAUGAUGCUCUAUCUGCAUAUGACAAGGAAAUUUUUCUUGACAUAGUGUGCUUCUUCGAAGGGGAAGAUAAAGUUCGUGUUGAAAAUAUACUGGGUACCCCUGGCUCAAUAAUUGGAAUCAGUCGUCUAGCUGAUAUGUCCCUUAUUUCUAUUGCAAAUAACAAGUUACAUAUUCAUGACUUGCUGCAACAAAUGGGCAAGGAUAUUACUUGCGAGGAAAAACAGAUUGGACAACGUAGCAGACUGUGGCAUCCUAAGGAUAUAUAUUACCUGUUGACAAGAGCUGAGGGGACUGGAGCAAAUAAAGGUAUAUCGCUGGACAUGUCCAAUAUCAGAGAGGUGGAACUAAGUCCUACGGUCUUUGAGAGAACGUACAAUCUCAAGUUUCUCAAGUUCUACUGUUCAGUACUCAGUCAAAACAGAGUAAACUUCUCGGAAGGACUCAAAUUUCUUCCAGAUGAGCUAAGGUUACUGCACUGGUAUCAAUACCCUUUGAAAUAUGUGCCAUUGAGUUCAUGUGCUGAGAACCUUGUUGAUCUUUGCUUGACUAAUAGCAAAAUUAGGGAACUUUGGAAUGGAGUUCAGGUAGUCUUCUAUACUUCUUCAUAUACUUUCAAAGUGUCUUCAAUUUGGUCCAUCUCCCUAACAUGUAUAUCUUCACAUUUUCAUUACAGCAUCUUGGAAAUUUGAAAUAUGUUAACCUCAGCUUCUCUGAGGAUCUAAUCAGAAUUCCAGACUUGUCUGGAUGCCCAAAUCUUGAGGUUCUUAAUUUGCUUACAUGUACAAGUUUGGUUGAAAUUCCCCCAUCUAUAAAAUGUUUGAGCAAACUUACUUCACUGUUUCUAUCAAGUUGUGCAAGUCUUUGCGAUUUACCGAGCUUGCUUCAUUUGAAAAGUCUUAAGGUUCUUUUCGUACAGAAUUGCCCAAAAAUCAUGGAGUUUCCAGUGGUUCCAUGUGAUAUAAGGAGUUUAUAUAUGAGUACAAAUGCAAUAGAGCAAGUGCCCUCUUCAAUUGGGGGUCUCUCUCAUCUUUUUUUGUUGGAUUUGGGUUGGUCGACGGGGCUUGAAAGUCUUCCAGACAGCAUUUGCAAUCUCAAAUCUCUCAGAGAAUUUCGU